GAGAGGCAGAGAGAGAGAGAGAGAGAGAGAGAGAGAGAGAGAGAGAGAGAGAGAGAGAGAGAGAGAGAGACAGAGAGAGAGAGAGAGAGAGGCAGCUCACUGGUCGGACUCUCUCCAACAACCGUCAGUCAACCUGUGGAUAAAGAUCCUCCUCCCUCUCUCUCCCCCCCGCUCACCGCGAGCCCCUCGGACACCCAGGACGCAUGCACCGGGAGAGGGUGCAGGUUCGAUUCCCGCGCGGAGGAGAGGAACCGAAAAGUUGAGGGGGGGAGAGAGGGAGGGGGAGAGAGAGAAAGAGAGAGAGAGAGAGGGGGCUGCGGGGUGGUGGGCUCGUCGUGCGCCAUUCCCCGCUUCAUGAAUGGCCGGAACAUGGAGCAGGAGACGCCAAUCGAAAGAGUCAAGACCCGGCGGAGGACGGGUCGCUGCCCGGCCGGCGCGCCGCUGGGCGCCAUCGCCUGCGAGGACGAGUUCGACAGCGCGGAGCUGGAGUCGCUGUUCCAGACCUACAACCUGAAGCUGGAGCAGACCGCCACGCUGCAGGCGCUCGCCGUGCUCAUCGUGGCCGCGUCGGCGCUGUCGCUGGUGGAGCUGCUGUCCGGCUCGCGGCUCACCUUGUCCAAGGGCUCGUACCCGGUGCACUGCGUGGUCUUCCUGUCGCUCUUCAUCGUCACCAACGUCAAGUACCUGCAGGCGACGCAGCUGCAGCAGAUCGCCAAGCUCGCGCUGCUCUUCAGCUUCACGUUCGCGCUGCUCUGCUGCCCGUUCCCGCUGGCGCUCGGCGGCGGCGGUGCCACGGCGCCGGAGCCGGCGAGGGGCGCAGCCGCCGCCGCCGCCGCCCCCGAGCGCGGCGUGUGGCAGCUCAUGCUGGUCACCCUCGUGGCCUACGUGCUGCUGCCGGUGCGGACGCUGAUGGCGGUGGUGUUCGGGGCGAUGCUCGCCGCGUCCCACUUCAUCGUGAUCGCGACGUCGGUCACGGGCAGGACGCAGAGGCUGUGGAGACCGCUGGUGGCCAACGCCGUGCUGUUCGCCAGCGUCAACGUGUCGGGGGCGUUCGUGAGGAUCCUCACCGAGCGCGUGCAGAGGAAGGUCUUCCUGCAGGCUCGCAACUGCAUCGAGGAGCGGCUGCGGCUGGAGGACGAGAACGAGAAGCAGGAGCGUCUGCUAAUGAGUUUGCUGCCCAGGAAUGUUGCCAUGGAGAUGAAGGAGGACUUCCUCAAGCCACCCGAGAGGAUCUUUCACAAGAUCUACAUCCAGCGUCACGACAAUGUCAGCAUCCUGUUUGCCGACAUCGUGGGCUUCACCAGUCUGGCCUCCCAGUGCACAGCUCAGGAACUGGUCAAACUGCUCAACGAACUCUUUGGGAAGUUCGAUGAACUGGCUACUGAGAAUCACUGCAGGAGAAUAAAGAUCCUGGGCGACUGUUACUACUGCGUGUCAGGACUGACCCAGCCCAAGGCGGACCACGCCCACUGCUGCGUGGAGAUGGGCCUUGACAUGAUUGACACGAUUGCGUCCGUGGUGGAGGCGACCGAGGUGGAUCUCAACAUGCGUGUGGGUCUGCACACGGGACGGGUGCUGUGUGGCGUGCUGGGCCUCAGGAAAUGGCAGUAUGACGUCUGGUCAAACGAUGUCACGCUGGCAAACGUGAUGGAGGCUGGAGGGCUGCCUGGCAAGGUGCACAUCACAAGGACCACCCUGGAGUGCCUGAACGGAGACUACGAGGUGGAACCGGGCUUCGGACACGAGAGACACGCCUUCCUCCAGAAACAUAACAUAGAGACCUUUUUCAUCGUGCCGUCGCACAGACGAAAAAUCUUUCCUGGUCUGAUUCUGUCCGACAUCAAACCGGCCAAGAGGAUGAAGUUCAAGACGGUGUGCUACCUGCUGGUGCAGCUCAUGCACUGUCGGAAGAUGUUCAAGGCCGAGAUCCCCUUCUCCAACGUCAUGACCUGCGAGGACGACGACAAGCGGCGGGCCCUGCGGACCGCGUCGGAGAAGACAAGGAAUCGGACGUCCUUCUCGGCCGCCGCCGUGCAGCACUCGCCGGCAACAAGAGUCAACCGCUUCAUCGGCCGGCUCAUCGAAGCGCGGCAGACCGAGUCCAAGACAUCGGACCUCAACUACAUCACCCUGUUCUUCAGGAGCAGAGACAGGGAGCGCAGGUAUCACCAGGUGUAUGACGAUCAUUUCAUCAGUGCCGUGGUUCUCUCUCUGAUCCUCGCUGCUCUGUUUGGCCUUAUCUAUCUGCUAAUGAUCCCGCAGGGGAUGCUGGUGCUGCUGCUGCUGGUGCUGUGUGUGUGUUUCCAUGUGGCCUGUGUCAUGUACCUGCAUCUCACCAGUGUUCAGUGCCAACCGGGCUGCCUCACCAUCCACAUCCGAACGGUGCUGUGCCUCUUCCUGGUUCUGCUCACCUACUCUGUUACCCAGGCCUGUGUGGUUGGAUGUGUUCCCUGGGGACUAGUCGGGACGAACUCCAGCCGCUCAGCGGAGGACGUCCCGGCGGACGACGCGCUCGGCGGCGGACCGUCCAACGGCACGGCACCGGACAGAGCGUGUCCCAACAUGGCGUACGCGCUGCUGUCGUGCGUGGCCGGCACCCUCACCGUCGUCCCCUACCUCCGGGUGUCCUCGCUCCCCAAGAUCCUCCUGCUGCUCCUCCUCUCCGUCACCUACACCGUCGUCAUGGAGACCAGCGGCUACCGGCAAGCCGUGGGUGGGGGGUUUCUCCACUCGCGUGGCUACGACCCCGUGUUGGCCGUCUUGUUGUUUUCUGGAGCUCUGGCUCUUCAUUCAAGACAACUGGACCUGAAGCUGCGGCUCGACUACAUCUGGGCUACUCAGGCGGAGGAGGAGAGAGACGACAUGGAGAAGGUGAAGCUGGACAACAAGAGGAUCCUGUUCAACUUGCUGCCGGCUCAUGUGGCUCAGCACUUCCUCAUGUCCAACCCCAGGAACAUGGACCUGUACUACCAGUCGUACGCUCAGGUGGGAGUGCUGUUCGCCUCCAUCGCCAACUUCAACGACUUCUACAUCGAGCUGGACGGCAACAACAUGGGAGUGGAGUGUCUGCGGCUGCUCAACGAGAUCAUCGCCGACUUCGACGAGCUCAUGGAUAAGGAGUGUUACAGGGAUAUCGAGAAAAUCAAGACGAUCGGCAGCACCUACAUGGCCGCGGUGGGGCUGGUUCCUACGACGGCCUCCAAGGCAAAGAAGUCCAUCACCUCACAUUUAUGCACAGUGUCCGAUUUUGCCAUCGAGAUGUUCGACGUCCUGGACGCCAUCAACUACCAGUCGUACAACGACUUUGUCCUGAGAGUAGGGAUCAACGUGGGCCCGGUGGUGGCCGGAGUGAUCGGAGCCCGGAGGCCUCAGUACGACAUCUGGGGCAACACGGUGAACGUCGCCAGCAGGAUGGACAGUACGGGAGUACAGGGGAAGAUACAGGUGACCGAAGAGGUUCACCGUAUCAUCACAGACCACUACCACUUCGUCUGCCGCGGCCAGGUCAGUGUGAAGGGCAAAGGUCAGAUGCUCACGUACUUCCUGGAGGGGCGGCGACAAGGCGGCAGGCGUCUUCACAGUGGCGGCGAGCGCCGGUCGAGCGCGUUCGUCCAAGGCAGCGUGUGCACCAGGCUGAGCCCGGCGCCGACCGUCACCACGUACGCCACCAUCAGGACGCCGAGCCCGGGCGUGGCCAGGCCGACCGCCUCCACCAGCAACACCAGGUACCUGCCCUCUGUCCCCACGGCAAUGGUGUGAUGGACUCUGUUGCCAUGGUGACCGUGGAAAAAAACAGGAAAGUAGCAUGAAGGGCAUCUUCGUAAAAAGUUGUUCUCCACUCUUCUUCUACCGUCUGAGAGGCUGAGACACUGACCGACCAAUAGGAGGCCUGACCACGGGCGUCUGGGGGGGCGUGGCCUCGAUCGGACGUCAGGACGGGGGGCGUCGCCGACAGGUUUCGGGACGCUUCAGCCUCGUCGCUCUGGAACCAAUCACAGGUCGAGGACGUCGACUCCUCGGACACUAAAAAAGCAACAAACUAAUCGGUAUCAAAUCAAAACUCGCUGCAUUGCAUCAUGGGUAGUGUAGCACACAAGCCUCAAAACACAUCCAGGAAAAAAACGGUUUUCCGGCCGACGUUCCUCUUCUCUCAGUGUGAAACCAAAUCCGUGCUGUCGCCUUUGCAACCGCUCCUCACCACAAGGUUUUCUUGCCAUUUUUCUUUUUUUGUUGCCUUUCAGAUCCUUUUAUUGAUUUAUUGAUCGGACACCGGAUUCAGAUUUAUCGAUUACGGGGGGAGUUAAUGGUACAAACCUGCCAAGAGACACGACACAGGGGGCGUCGCCUCCAAUCAUGACGGCACGUUUUUACUCCGCCACCCUUUCGUCAAAACCCCCCUCAGACCCUCGGCACGCGAUUCCCUUUUGCCCGAGCCCCUCGGCGUCUUCAAGUGCAUGAUGAUGAUGAUGAUGAUGAUGAUGAUGAUGAUGCCACCAUGGUGCCGCCACUGCCGCUGCAUUUCAGUUUCGUUCUUUGCCGUCCGUCUGUUUCCCUGUUAUGCUUGACUUCCAGAUUCUUCCUCGUCAAAAGUGUAGCAAUAACGUUGCCCCGCCCCGUCGUCUCCUCCUCUUCCUCCUCCUCUUCCUCCUCCUCUUCCUCCUCCUCCUCGCCCGUCUGCAUACUGUAGCUGUCUGGAUCCUACUCACACCUGAUAGUGUAUGUAGCCAACUGUGUGUGUGUGUGUGUGUGUGUGUGUGUGUGUGUCUGUGUGUGUGUGUGUGUGUGUGCGUGCGUGUGCGUGCGUGCGCGUGUGUGUGCGUGUGUGCGUGCGCAGCGGGCCUCGCGGGUCUUGUGUCCCCGUGGAAACUGAAGCAUGACUUUAGAACAAAACAAAAGUAUUUUCUGUAUUGUGCGAGUGUGAUUCCUUCGAUUUCAAACAAAAGAAAAGAAGAAAACGUUCUUUUUUUUUUAAAUCUCCUGCGCGCUUGUUUAUUAAGAAAAAAACAUUUUCUAUUGUUACAAAAAUAUUCAGUUCUGCUAUUUUUAUGAGUGUUACUUUUGCUGGAGAAAGAGGAACCUGCAGUGUUUGGUCUACGGGAGUGUGUCUGAGCUCCUCACUCCGUCCAGAAGAUUUGCUGAUGGUGUAGCAUGCGACGCGACAGCACGGCCUGUACCGCAGCCUUUAACCCUCCUCUGAAUCCGUCCCAGCAUGCACUGCCUGCCAAGCCCGUGGCUUUUCUUUUUUAUUUCUCUUUUUACACGCAUGCUUUUGAUGAAACGUCAAAUCCGGGCCGAGCAGCGGGACUCGCAGUGUCUCGACGUCGUCCUCUCGUGCGGUGCUUUUCUUCUUCUUCUUCUUCUUCUUCUUCUUCUUCAUGAACUUUGGUGUACGAAGCAUUUUUUCUAGGACAAAUUGUUCAGGGUCGUUUGACAUCCUCCUCCUCCUCCUCCUCCUCUUCCUCCUCCUCCUCCUCCUCCUCGUCAACAGGUAGCCGGUUAAUCAAAUGUGCCAACCUAUUUUCAUAAACAUAUCAAACUGUUUCCGUGUGCGGACGCUGUAGCGCGCCUGAAUGUGCGGCUAUACGCUUCUCGUGGAUCUGCGUUUUUGUAACGGACGACGACGCAAAGUUGUUUGAUUUUUUUGGGGGGGAAUGAGAUUUUAUUUGGAACAACCGUAAACUAUAAAUGAAACGUUGCUGUCGUAUGCACUUCUUAUCAUAUUUGAAAUAGAUUUAAAGUCUUGGACGAGUUUCUACAAGUCGUAAAAAUGAGGAUUUUCCUUUUUAUAUAGACGUUGAUGGAAAGUUCGAUGGGAAACGAGUUGCGUACAAUAUUUUUGUUCCCGUAAACUGGAUAUUUUCAUACUGUGAGAUACGGGUUUGAAAUGUGCAUAUGUAUUACUAGAUAUAUAUCUGUACAUUGUAAAAGUCUUUUGCAGAGAUAUUACAAUUAUUAUUAUUAUGAAUGACCAGAUAUUUGAGUUCUUUUUGUGGGGGUGGGGGUUGCAGAUGUAUUUAUGGAGAUGUUUUAUGUGAAUGUACAUUUUGUUAAAGAUGAUAUUUUCUACUAUAAGUGUUUGCACUACCAUGAUAUUGACAUUGUAUUAUGAUUAUAAAGAUAAAGCCAGUUGGGGGCGUGUCUCCUGGAGAAA